UUUUAGAGAGGUCCACAGAAUGUCGAACUUCUUGCAGAAUUCACUGUUAAAUCAAAAAACGCGCUACCAACUCUUGGCGACUGUCAUAGUAAACAUUAUAACAUUUGGCCAUGGCGUUGGCAUCGGCUGGCUGUCGCCUACGCUUACCAAAAUACAAACACCCGACACACCCCUCGACUUUCAAGUGGGCAUCGAUGAGAUAUCCUGGCUAGGUUCCAUGCUGGGCCUGGGUAGUCUGUUUGGCAAUUUGACGAUAGCAUUUCUGCUCGAACGGAUGGGUAGAAAAUUUUGCAUCUAUUUGCUGGCAGGACCUUAUGCGUGUUUAUGGAUUCUGAUAUAUUGCGCUUCGAAUGUGAGUUAUUUGUAUGUGGCUCGCUUUCUGUGUGGAUUUACGGGAGGUGCAGGCUAUUUGGUAGUCCCGAUCUAUAUCAGCGAAGUCGCCGAUAGCUCCAUUCGCGGUUCCUUGACUUCCAUGGUAAUGUUAUCUGUCAACUUGGGCGUGCUGGUUGGCUAUAUACUAAGCACCUAUCUGGCUUAUCAUGUUGUGCCCUUCUUGGCCAUAAUAUUGCCCAUCGCGUACUUUUUGGCUAAUCUUUUGCUGCCCGAAACGGCGCCGUAUCUCCUAAAACACAAGCAGCCGCACGCAGCUGAGACGUCUUUUAAAUAUUAUCAAAAUCAGCGAAGAGGCAUGGGGCAGGCGUCCAAAGCAGACUUCGAUGAAAUGCGAUUGGCCAUAGACGCUCAGCAGGCACAGAAUACGACAGCAUUAACUUAUAAGGAUUUAAUUACCAGGCCAGCACUGAAGGCCUUUGCAGCUUCUGUUGUGCUCUCUCUGGGCUAUCAGUUCAGCGGCAUCUUCAGCUUCAUCAAUUACAUGUCGACUAUAUUUGAGGCAUCUGGCACUAUACUGGAUGUGAAUACUUGCACCAUUAUCAUUGGCGUGGUGCAGAUUGUGGGCGUUUAUACCUCGACCAUACUUGUGGACAUUAUAGGACGUCGUAUACUCAUGCUGAUCUCCACACUGGGCGUCGCUUUGGGCUGCAUCGUCUUUGGCUGUUUCACCUACUAUGCCCAGCAGUAUGAUCUGAGCGAUGUUAACUGGCUUCCAUUGGUCCUGAUGAUAAUUAUCAUCUAUUUGGGCAACGUUGGACUUAUUGGAGUGUUUUUCGUAGUGCUCGUCGAACUCUUUCCAGCCAAGAUACGUUCGCUGGCCACAUCCAUAUCGGUGGUGUUUCUGAGUGUUCUGGUCUUCGGCACGCUGAAGUUGUUUCCGCUGCUGCUCCAUUAUUUUGGUAUAUCGGUGACCAUGUGGUUUUCGGCAGCUUCCAGUUUUUUAACUUUUGUAUACUUUUUGUGUUUCUUGCCGGAGACCAAAGGCAAGUCUAUGAUUAAGGACUGAGAAGUCGGCGUAUAUCUGUUGCAA